UAACGUCAUUCGUUAACAACUGUUUGCUCGAGUCGAGGUUCGACAUAGAAAAUAAAUAUUGUUGACUUCUUUGUGAAAUGUUUCUUUAAUAACGCAAAAUGUUCCUCCAAAUAUUAAUUUAUAACAUUAUUUUUAGUGUCGUAUUGACACGUAGUUAUGCAAUAAGUGAUAUGACUGAGAGCUCUUUCGGAAAACACAAAGAAGGUGUUAUAGCUGCGUUUGGAGAUUUCAACUCGGACGAAUUAACUGAUGCCUUUGUUAUUAAAAAUUUCUCAAGCGUGGAUGUGUAUUUAGCUUACGAUAAGGAGCCAUUCUUGAGGCCUUCCAUAUAUUCUUGUAAUUUUAGUAACAUAAUUAUAACAAGUGUUGUGCCAGGCGAUUUUGACGGAGAUGCUUACAUGGACAUAUUGUUAACGACACAGAGUAUAAAUGAUACUUCUAAUUUACAUACGGUAAGAAUAUUAUGGGGCGGAGAGCCUACUCUGAACUGCUCUGAUGCUUUAUUUAUAAAGGCUAUCUCAGUAGGACAGCCAUUAGUAAUGGAUUACAACAGAGAUAUGAUUCUGGACCUUUUUGGAAUGAAUACACAAAACCAAAGAGUGUUUUGGGUGUUUGAUGAAACAAGAACAACACCGGUCGAAAAGCAAAUGGGAGAUGACUUGUUCAAGAUGAUAAAACUGCCACAUUCACACUCAUUUUUGGAUGUUAAUGAAGAUGAUGCUGCAGAUUUGCUUGUUACAACUACUACUAAUGUUGAAGUAUGGCUGAAUGAUGAAUUAGAUGGGUUCAGAUUUAACAAUAGUAUUGAACUACUUGUAGGCCAUCCAACUAUUUAUGGUCAAGCAUUGUUUCUAGAUGUUGCUCUCUCUGGUGAAUUCUUUUUAGUUAUUCCUGUUUGUUAUGACUUUCAAUGCCUCAAUAGUACUAUAUUAAUUUAUGAUAAUCAGAAGUGGCAUGACCUUCAAGUGGACUUCAAUGAUGGUAAAGGAACAUUAUGGCGCUUUGUACCCCCAAGAGAUGAAAUUUAUUUAGAUACUAUCACUAUGAGAAGUGGAGAUUACAAUAUGGAUGGCUACCCAGACAUCUUGAUGACACUAAGUCCUGUGAAUUCUAAUGAAACCAGGGCUUUUCUACUUCACAAUAUUCCGUGUAACUUGCCAGGUUGCAAGUUUUAUAGAACAUUUGAAGUACAAUGGGACAGGUUUGAUUCCUUUGGCAAAGAUGUUAUAAUGGCCACCUUUUACGAUUUCUACAUGGAUGGUGUACUUGAUAUAAUAUAUGUAAAGAAAAAUUCAACCACACUGAAAUAUACCAUGCAUUCAUUCAGAAAUGAAUUAGAAUAUGAUACAAAUUUCAUUAAAGUUAUUGUUGUUACUGGAUUGACCAAUGAGAAACUGCCAGUAAAUAAUAGAACUUUGUACAACAGAAAAGUCACAUUUGGCACCAAUCUACCAGGCCCCAAAAUAGGAUACAACACAUGGUCACAAGAAGGGACAUACAGAACAGGUGUUUGUGCACAACUCUCACAGUCUGCAUAUUUUUCGCUACAACUGCCAUAUUCCAUUUUUGGAUUGGAUCGUACUCCUAAUUUCGUAGACACUUUGAAUGUGGGCCUUUCAGGUUUUUCAAAAAGUUGGACUCAAAUUAUACCUAAUUCUCAGAUAGUUGUAAUACCAGCACCACCCAGUGACCCCUCCCAGUGGAAGGCUCAACUGUUUGUUACACCUAGUAAGGUAAUUCUUAAAAGUGUGUUUGUAUUGACUGCUAUCAUAGUAAUUAUUACUGGAUGUGUCUUAUACUUGCAUUGGAAAGAAAGAAAUGACAGGCAGGACAUUAUAGAAAUUGAUGAAAAGACUUAUGUUAAAAUUUGAUAUUUUAUAGGUACCUGAUUUAAUGUGUAAUCAUUAGGAAUAAUUAUGAUUUGUAGUAUUUAAGACAACUCAUAUGAUAAAGUGGCUGGACAGCCGGGUUCUUCAAAUUUUCACAUAGCUCAAUAAAAUUGCUUGUUUAAAAGUAUUAGAAAACUGCCAAAAGUUUCAUAAUGUAAAGAGAGCUAAGCAAUAUGACUUCAAAGUAAUAGAGCACACUAAAUAAUGAUUUGUACCUUGAGCACAACAGACUCUGAUUUAGAUAGUUUUCUUUUCACAUUAGCUGGUGAGUCUCUAAUUGUGUAUAACUUGUUUAAUAUUUCUUUUUUUUUAAACUGUCAAACACCAAGCGGUCACCGGUGACCGCAACCUAUUGUUCUAUAAUUGUGUCUAUAAUGAUGGUACUCGACGAGUUAAUAUACAUUAUGGAUUUAUUUGAAAACUUAACUACAGUUAUAAAAUUGCCUAGGACACUUUAGGGAUACAGUUAUCUGAAACUCAAUAUUCAUUGAUUGCAGCAGUAAGUGUGAUAAACAUGUGAAAUAAAAAAAUAAUUACACAAUAAAAAUCUCAACAUUUAUUUUAAAAACUAUAACAUAGAAAAAUGUUA